CAAAUCUAGUGGGAUUCCGUAUUCAAACUCCUCAAACUCUGGUUCGCUUAUUAUAAAAAUGUUAGGAGUGAGAGAAAAGUGAAGGAAGCCAGAUAGAGUUGAGGUUUUUAAAUAUGUUUUCCAUCUCUAAAUCACUCCAAUCGUUUUUUAUUGACAUAAUCCAAAAGUUAUUUUGAGGCAGGGAUUUUCAUUGUGAUCAGACUCUCAUAAAUUAUUUGUAAAGUUGCUUUGAAGAAACUCCGAUUCGAGCAGGUGGAGCAUCAAUUCGGACUUGGAUCUUCUUUUGGGAUAUAACUGUUAUCAGCAUUUCUAUGCUACUGGUCUACGUUAUUACAUUGAUAGGUCAGUUAUUUGUUUGAAGGACGUUUCCAAAACAAAAGCCUGCUUUUUGUUCGUCGUUGAGUUUGAGCUUUUUACCUUUCACCUGUCAUUGUAGCCUAAAGACUGAAAAUGUCUGCUGACAGAUAUUCAACUUUGGAUGAACCGUCGCUUCGGAAUCUGCUGGAUGGGACGAUGGACCUGGAUGAGCGGCGGCUGAUCCGUUCAGCCAUCAGAGAGCUGAGGAGGAGAGAGAUAGAGGACAUGGAGGCAACCCUGGCCAGCAAACGCUUCCGGCACAAACGCCUCAACCAGAAUGACGACAAAGAGAACCAGCUCACAAAUAGGUCAGAUUUGGGUGACUCCCUAAACAUCCUCUCUGUGAAACUACAAGCCAUCCAGGACAUCGAGGAACUGUCUGGACUGCUGCGUGGGGCCACUGAGUAUGAGGAGAGGAAACUGAUCAGAGCUGCCAUCCGCCGCCUCCGAGACGAGGAGCAGCAGGGUACAGGGCAGAAAGGGAGAACCACCGACCGAUGUCUAGAAUCUGAGGGCCUGGAUCUCCAAAACAGCCUGGGAGCAGGGGACACAGAGAGGGAGAGCUUUGGUGAGCGAGAGAGAAUCAAGUCACAGAUCCGGGAGCUGCGCAGCCACCAGACGCAGCAGGGCAGAGAGCUACAUAGGACAGGCUCCAACUCAGGCAUGGUUCUGGUUCUGGACCCCCUGGUGAGGAAAGAGGUCUCCGGCCCUCUGCUGAACCAUCCAAAGAUCUGGGACCCUGUGACAUCAUCAGAGCUGGAUGUGGUCCUGUCCCACCGCCAGUGCUCUGAUUUGACAUCCUCGGACUACACCCUGGCCUCCAGGCCCCGUCUCGACUCAGGAGCCUCAGAGAAGAGCCUGGGUCUGGGCUCAGCCUUCGGAACCAGGGUAGACUCAGGAGCGUCAGAAAAGAACCUGGGUCUGGGCUCAGCCUUCAGGACCAGGGUGGACUCAGGAGCAUCAGAAAAGACCCUGGGUCUGGGCUCAGCCUUCAGGACCAGGGUGUACUCAGGAUCGUCAGACAGAAGCCAGUGUUCAGUCCACAGAGGCAGACUGGACUCUGGGGCCUCUGAGUCCUGCUUCAGACCGAGACUAGACUCUGCCACGUCAGACUCCAGCACGGAACCGCCAGCCCCUCUAGGCUCUGAGACCUCUGACAGCACAGGGCUGCUGUCACGGAAACGACGGGACUCUGGGACUUCUGACCUGAGUGUGGGUGUGUCUUCUGUUGAGCAGGGCCGUGUGGAAGAGCCAGAGGUGACCAUGAGUAGCUCCUCCUCCAGCACAGAUUCAGAGGCUGAGAGCACCAACCACCAUUCAGCCCAACCCCGCCAAGACCGCUCCACUACCAACUGUGAUCAGCCUGGUGGGGCCGUCCUAUCCAGGAAAGCCUCAGACUCCCACAGUACCCUGCUCAAUGGCAGUUCCAAGGGAAGAGGAGACAUCCAGGAACAGAAGGUCAGAGAUACUUUAUUCACUACUCUCAGCAAAGCAAGCGAUGCAGUGCCUGAAAAGGAGCCGGUUGUCUUGGCCCCAUUUGGCCGGGCUAACUCUGUGCGGGACCGUAUGCGUAAGUUCACAGAGCCCAGCCCAAGCCCCAGUGUCCCGUUCCUGAAGAGGGGCUCUCAGUCUCUAAGGAAUGGGACAGCCCCCAGUGCCCGAGUCCUAGGCAGAGCCACCGAGCUGAGUGUGGGACGAGCAGCAGCGCCAGUCAACCAAACAGCAAUGACCACAGCAGAAUCCAUCAGAUCCCUUACAGACAGGCACGGGAGACCCCAUGUAGGUUCUACAUCGUACUCUUCAUCCUCCUCCUCCUCAGAGAACCUUGUCCAAUGCCAGGGCACAAUUCAGCCAGGGGGCGUGGCCACCAAAGAUCUGCAAACCGCUGCUCAAUCCAUGAGCACAGUAGGCGGGGCGAAGCAGCCGGCUAAAAAGCUGCAGCACUCCUCGGGCAUCUCAAAGGAAGACAAGACCCUAGGGAACCAGGGAGAGGCAGACCCCGACAUGAAGACCUUCCUAACUAUCGAGAUCAAAGAUGGACACACCAUCACCACCUCCUCCUCCUCCUGCUCCUCCUCCUCUUCCUCUAGAGGCAACCUGGCCUCCAUGACCCCCAUGGCCCCACGCAUCACCACCAACUCCAUGGGACAGAGAGCAGAGUUGACCAUGGAUCUGAGAGCGACCCCCUUCAAGACCUCCUCCUCCAGCCUCACUUCUGGAUCCUCUUUCAAGAUGGAGACAGAGCCUGUGAUGGCCUCAGAGCCAGUGUUUGCAGUGGAGCCCUCGGUGCAGGUGGCAUGCUGUCAGGCCCCGGCUACUGUACCCAACGGCUCUUCUGCAGCUCGGGCCAAAGUCGAAGAACGCUCCGGAAAACUGACUGCAGAACAGCUGGCCGCCAUCGACGACGAGGAGCUCCUGGAUAAAAUGCUGGAUGAGUCCAGGGACUUUGAGGAGAGGAAGAUGAUCCGACAAGCCAUGAGAGAUCUGCGUAAGAGGAAGAGAGACCAGAGAGAAAAGGAGAGAGAGGUUCGUCUUGUGGAGCUUCGGCAGCAGAGAGAAGAGCGCGCUCAGAAGGGUCGUACGGGAGGAGGAGGAGCUGAAGAGGUCGUGAUGAGGAAGGUGGAGAAGUCAGCUGAUGGCUCCACCCUCAGCCAAGUCACCAAGACAAACCACUUCGCCCAGUCUGGGGAUGGCAGCAGGACAGCUCACAGCACCAUCAUGGAGGCCAGUUAUGUGAAGAAAACAGACAUGGGGACAGUCCAGUCGAAGUCCUACAGCUACUCGUCUACCUCUUCCAGCUCCGCCAGGAAAGUGGGCAGUGUGUUUGACCGUGAGGAUGACUCGGCGUCCCGUGCUGCGGAGCGCCGGCAGGCAGAGAAGCGUAAGGAGCUGAUGAGAGCCCAGAGUCUGCCCAAGACGUCCGCCGCACAGUCCCGCAAAGCCAUGAUCGAGAAGUUGGAGAAGGAGAGCGGAGGUCCAGGGAAUAAAGCGGUUGCCAAGGUGAACAUGGUCCAGCGCUCCGCUAGCUGUGUGGUGCCCAAUGCCAACUCCAUCAAACAGAUGCUGCUGGACUGGUGCCGCGCCAAGACACGCUCAUACGAGAAUGUGGACAUUCAGAACUUCUCGUCCAGUUGGAGUGAUGGCAUGGCGUUCUGUGCCCUGGUCCAUAACUUCUUCCCAGAGGCCUUUGACUACUCCUCUCUCACCGCUGCCAACCGCAGACACAACUUUGAGGUGGCCUUCAGCACUGCAGAGGAAUGUGCCAACUGCAUGCCCCUACUGGAAGUGGAGGACAUGAUGAUCAUGGGGAGGAAGCCUGACUCCAAGUGUGUGUUCACCUACGUGCAGUCACUGGUCAACCACCUGCGCAGGCACGAGAUGAAUCUCGCCAAGGCCUUUGCCAAACUCCAGGCCACCGACUUCUGAUCUGCCCCUGAGCUCACAGUGUGUCCUCUCCCAUCACACCACUAUACUGUACCCCUCCUGUCCUCCUGAGCCCUGUCCCUCAACACCACCCCUGUCCCAACAGGCUGACAGCAGCCCAGACUCUGAGUGAGGGGUGUUACUGAUUUGCACAUCUCUGAUGGCCAACGACAGAAGAGUGUUUGUGUAGGAGUGUCUAUCUCUGAUGAUUAUCUUUGUUGACAGUGGUGGCAUGUCAGACAGAAAUUCCCCUCCUCUGGACACACAUUUGUUCAGGCUGUGCGAACCUUCCCAAUGGAAAACUCCACCGUUUUCAUUAUAGAGAAUCUUUUUAAGCUUUAAUUGAUACGUUAUACUGAAAUGUAGUUGUAGUCCAUCAGUAGGCAAUUCUAUUCAUGCUUUGGAAGUCCUAGGUUUAUGGCACCAACAAAACCCUGCAUGAAAUGAACAUGAGAAAAAUAUGCAUUUUAUUGUACUCACUCACCUUAAUGCCUACAUUUUUUUUUCUGUGACAAUUGUAAGAUGUUACUCAAGCUGUUGGUGAUGAUGAAGAAAAAUAAUAUGCAUCUGUUUUAUAUUCCUUCAGUCCCCACUCUGGUUCUGUUUAAGGUGUUAACAAAUCUGCUUGCUUUUUAAAACACAUCUACUUGAAUUGUUUUAAAUAGUCCUUAUUCCUAUUUUGUUGUUAAUAAUUAUCAUUAUUACUAUUUAAGUUCAUUCAUAAGCACUGGUAUGGAGGGAUGUUAUUCAGUCAUUGUGUUCUAUAGUAGUUAGCAUUAUGACAUUGGUGGAUCUGUUUGUACAGCCCUAUGCUGAGUAAGAACCAUAUCUGAAUCUACAAACCCAGAUGACGUUAAAGCCAGACUAGGUUGUAAUAGCCAUUUUCUAAUACUGAAAUGUUAUGAAAGUAGUUGUGUAACUAUAAUUAAUUGUGUAUUUACACCACUCAUAUUUACAUCAUUCUGGUCAGAGUGGAGAAACACCCGUGUUGAAAAGUAGGUGCCCAAGUGCUUCUCAAACAGGUAAAAUCACACAUUGGUGUUGUUUCUAGAUUAUCAUGUCUUUAUUUCAGCUUUUCUCCCUGUCCUUACCUCAGUUUGUUACAUUGGGUCAUCAAAAGAAUCAGCAUAGGGUUGUCACAUUCAUGUUUGAGAUGCCAGCAAGAAUAAGGCUGUGACCUCAACGAUUUCCCUUCAAAAUAAAAGUCCAACAAUGAAGAUGCUAGAAAAAUAAUACAAAUGGUCGAAACUCGUAACAUUUUAUUAGGACAUUUUCUUUCCUAAUAACAAUUUUUUAUUUUGUUUAACAAUAUAUAAAAAAGGAAAAUAGUUUCCCAAAGCCCAUACGAUCAGACUGAGCAUUCCAAUGGCCAAAAUAGGCGCAGGGAAAUAAAUGAUAAAAAAUAUUUUUUAGUUAUUUUCUUUAAAUAAACACACAGACUGAUUUAUUAGACAGAGUAAUGAUUUAAAAAUACAAUUAAAAAGACUGCAUGGGGGCUUUAAGGGCCACAAAAUUAGCAGCGAUAACUAGGGUGUAAACUCUGUGGAUUUGGAAACUAGAAGUGCUCUUGAGUAGAAUGGACACCCCUUUUACUGUGGCACAAUGUACAGAACAUUUUGUACAGUCCAAUAAAUUAUAGAACAUACACAAAAAAACAUUGUUGACCAUUACGCCUGGAAAAAAAAGACAUAUAUCAUAGAAAUAAUUUAAAUAAUUAUUUGUUUGAUAAUGUAUAAAAUAUAUUGAUAAUUGUGCACAUUUUCCAUAAUUUUCUCCCUAAUUAUUAAUAUACAAAGUAUACAGGACAGGACUCAAAAUCCGUGACCUGGAAGUGCUUAGUUAUUUUUGCCAGCUUCACAAUGGUGUCACAUUCACACUGCCAGCACCAUAUGCUUUGAAGUUUUGUUUCAUGAGUGUUUCUUUUCUAUGAAUCAAACCUAUAGCCAGAACAAAGUUUAUGGUAAUGUAAUUAUUUGAUUGAAUAUGAAAGGUUUGUUGGCGAGGCCAACUUCUCUUCUCUACAUCCUUUGGCCCAAUGAAGGCUGGCUUUCAGCUCAGUCGAUUCUAUGACCGAUGAACAGGAGAGUAUUACUGAUAAAGGCUAAAUGUACUUUAUUUCCAAUGUAUAUUUUCUGAACUUAAGUGAAGAAAAAAAUAUAUAUUCCAUUAUAUAUUAUGAUUUAUUUAUCAAGAAUUGUAAUACUUUUCAAUUAGAUGUAGAACUGGUUUUGAUGUAAUUAACUGCUUUGUUAUCUGUAAUUGAGACUUGAGAAAGUUACACUUUUUCGAUAUUCCGCUCCUGCCAAUUUAGCAACCAGAGAGAGCUUUCUCAAACUAGUGAAUCCUGUACUGUACAUGCAGUGCAUUCAGAAAGUAUUCAGACCCCUUCACUUUUCCCACAUUUUGUUAUUUUACAGCCUUAUUCUAAAAUUGAUUAAAUAAAUACAAAUCCUCAGCAAUCUACACACAAUACCCCAUAAUGACAAAGCGAAAACAGGUUGGUAGAAAUUUUAGCAAAUGUAUAAAAAGAAGAAACAUAAGUAUUCAGGUCUUUUGCUAUGAGACUCGAAAUUGAGCUCAGGUGCAUCCUGUUUCCAUUGAUCAUCCUUGAAAUGUCAGGAUCGAGGGAAAGAUGAACUGAGCAAAGUACAAAGAGAUCCUUGAUGAAAACCUGCUCCAGAGCGCUCAGGACCUCAGACUAGGGCGAAGGUUCACCUUCCAACAGUACAAAAACCCUAAGCACACAGCCAAGACAACGCAGGAGUGGCUUCGGGACAAGUCUCUGAAUGAGUGGCCCAGCCAGAGCCCAGACUUGAACCCAGUUAAACAUCUCUGGAGAGACCUGAAAAUAGCUGUGCAGCGAUUCUCCCCAUCCAACCUGACAGAGCUUGAGCGGAUCUGCAGAAAAGAAUGGGAGAAACUCCCCAAAUACAGGUGUGUUAUGCUUGUAGCGUCAUACCCAAGAAGACUCAAGGCUGUAAUCGCUGCCAAAGGUGCUUCAACAAAGUACUGAGUAAAGGGUCUGAAUAAAUUUGCAGAAAUUUCUAUAAACCUGUUUUUGCUUUGUCAUUAUGGGGUAUUGUGUGUAGAUUUCAUAUAUUUUAGAAUAAGGGUGUAACGUAACAAAAUGUGAAUGCACUGUACAUGCUUGGACACAUUGUUAUAAUUCCUUGUUUUUGUAGAAGAGUACUGGCCACCCCUCAGUGCCUGGUUCCUCUCUAGGUUUCUUCUGAGGUUCCUGCCUUUCAAGGGAGUUUUUCCUAGCCACUGUGCUUCUACAUCUGCAUUGCUUGCUAUUUGGGGUUUUAGGCUGGGAUUCUGUAUAAGAUCUUUGUGACAUCUGCUGAUGUAAAAAGGGCUUUAUAAAUUCAUUUGUACUCCACAAUUAAUUGUAAAUUAACAAUUAAAACCAAUUUAAGACAAAA